ACAUUUUGGGUUAUGUUUUGGAAGCGUUAGGUAAAACUGAAAUAGAACGUUGUUUGUGAUAAAAAUGGGCAAAAUUAAAACUGAAUCUCAUGAUGUUUCGUUGGCCGAUGUGACAAUUAAAGAGGAAGAAUUAUCGUAUGAAGACAAAUUAAAGAACGUCAGUGUCAUAGCACAACCUAUGGCUCCUAAAAAACUUACAAAAAAAUGCUAUAAACUAAUUAAGAAAGCUUCUAAACAAAAAACGUUUUUGCGAGCUGGUUUAAAAGAUGUUCAGUCACGAAUUCGCAAGGGAGAGACAGGCAUUGUUAUUUUUGCUGGAGAUGUCACACCUGUUGAAAUAAUGUGCCAUUUGCCAGGUGUAUGUGAAGAGAAAGAUAUUCCCUAUACGUAUACACCAAGCCGAUUAGAUCUUGGAUCUGCUAUGGGUGUGAAAAGAGGUUCUCUCAUGGUUCUUGUACGAGAACAUCCAGAUUAUAAAGAAUUAUAUGACGAAUGCAAGGAAGAAAUUAAUACGUUAGCAAUACCUUUUUAACAAAAUAGUAGUUAUUGUUAUGAAAUUUUUUAUGGAAUAUAAUUAUGAUUGUAUUAU